AUGCUCUUCGCGCUUCGAGCUUGCAGCCCAACCCGACACUUGCUCACCGCGAAACGCCUUCCUCAGCCGCCUUCCCGAAGGCGCAAAAGACUUGGAAACGGCGACAGGGGAGAGAAGACGCGAAGGGGACUGGGGGCGCGCGGGUGGCGAACCAGCGACUGGGGGCGAGGGAGACACACGCGGAAGAGGCCGUGGGAUGCAUGCAAAAGAGCGCUGUGCGGCCUCGUGUUUGCGGCACGCCGAGCGAAGACUUGUCGGCGUGACUCCUCAGGAAUAUUUCUCGGUUGUCAAAGACGUCGCGAAGUACCACGAAUUCGUGCCAUGGAGAGUCGAAUUGUGAAACCACCUGUCGGGGGAAACGAUGGGCGCGAGAGCUUUGAGGCGGAGCUUGUCGUCGGCUUCGGCCUCGUUUCCGACCGAUACACUUCAAGGGUGUCGUCCCAGUGCCCGCCUGCAAGCGCCGCUUCCUCCCGUUCUUCUUCGCCAUUUCGUGUGACAGUCGACGCGGCAGAUUCGAGUGUCUUUAAGACAUUGGUUAACUGCUGGGAAUUCCGUCCUCUGCCUGGCUGCACGAGGUCAUGCAGCGUCGACUUCACAAUCGAGUUUGAGUUUAACAGUUCGCUCCAUCAGCACUUGGCGGGUCUGUUUUUGAACGACGUGGCCGCCACCAUGGGGCGCUGUUUCGAUGCCCGAGUGGCGGCGCUCUACGGCCUUUCGUCUCCGUCUCCUGACACCACGUUCUCACCUUCCGGUUCACGUUCGCCAUCUGCAUCCUCGUGGGCUCCGCAUUUUCCCUCUUCCUCGCAGAACGACGACUCCGCGUCUUCUUUCUCUAGCUGUCCUCAACAAGGCUGCACGCCGUCCUUCGAGGUUCAUCCCGACGUGCCGGAGAACAGGCUCGCGAAAAGAAGAGGAGCGCCAGCAGCAGGGACACCGGAGGCAAGAGGGGACUGCGGGGACGCUCCGGCGAUGCCACACAGCGAAGCCGAUGCGGGGGCGACUCUCGAGAGAACAGACGUUCCGGAAGCGGCCGAGGCAGACGAUCGGACAAGCGACAGAAGAAGCGCGAGGUGCGCAUCCACCCUAGGAACCCGCCCAGGAAGCGCGUCAGCUCUGUCGUGCUCCGCCCGCGACGAAGAAGAAGGCGCCGAGAUCUGCGCUGAGUCGGGUCUCCGAGGCGUUCUGCCAAGGACACACGUGACGCAGGGACACACGUGCGACGUAGGGAAGGCAUCUGCUUUCCCGCUGUCGAAUCAGGCCCUCAAUGUAAGGCGACUCCGAAAAUCCUCUUCUUCUCCCUGUUCUUCUCCCUGUUCUUCUCCUGGUCUUCCCUCUUCUUCCUCUUCUCUCUCGUCUGUUUCCUCUGCCUCUUUUCCAGCUGCUGGUUGUGAAGGCGUGAUUUCACCGCACCUGGACGGAGCCCGUCCGCCUCGCUCUGGGCUACCCACUGGGGCCUCUGUGGAGCCUGCCCUCGAGCGUUCGGAGAGGCGAGUGAAAGAGGACGAAUCGAUUUCCUCUCCACAACAAGCGCGUUCUUUUUCGUCUCCCUCCCGUCUGUCCGCGCUCGAGGAACGCCUAGCGAGACAGCUGCUGCUAGGCCCUAACCCUCGCGCAACGGCCUCUGUCAUCGCCGUUUUUCUUGCCUUGGAUCCGCGCACACCAGUUCCGGAGUUGAACCCUCUCACGCAGACGAGUAGCGUCCGAUCUGGACGGGCACCCAGAGAAGGCGAAACGAAACGAGGGAAAGGCCAAGAAAAAGAGAUCCAAAGGGCGAAUCCCGUGAGCAGACGGCGUGGGAAGCGACGGGUAGAGGCGGGGGAUAACCAGGUGAUGGCCUUUGACACAGAGCAGGAAAACCGCGGAGAGCGCAGCGCCACGGCGGAACCUGGUUUCGACGUCGAGGAGGCAGAACGCAGUCUGGUACAGGCUCUGAGGGAUUUGGUAAAUCACUGGACACAUCACACACACGGAUCGGCGCGUUCUCGGUGGUGCCGACGGAAGACCUACAACGUACCUAAAACGCGUAACUCUUUAUGA